AGAGCCACAGUUCACUUUGUCAGGAGUACAAUACAACUUAGCGGUUGACUGAUCUUGUGUUAGCUGAUAACAAUGGCCUCCAGGACUCCAGUUCGCUUAGACCCAGUAACAGGCAAAAAGAUUCCACCGCCUGUUUCGCCGAAGCCUGUCAGAAUGACAGCCACACGGUUAACGAAAGCGAAUGCCAGACCGCCACCACCAUCGCUUCAGUCUUCAGGUGGAAUGAAAAGCACUGAAGAAGAACUUGACGCACUAACUGAUCUUCUUGUGAAGAAUUUGGAGAAUACAGGCGAUCCAGACUUUUUCGGUAAGGCACUGCGCUGUGUUGCAUUGUUGAUGUUUACUUGUUCUUCUGUUUUGCAUCGCGUCUUGUGCGAGGGCUUCUUUUGCAGUUCUGUCUAGGCAUUGUUUGAGUUUUGGGUAAAUCUGUUUAUAAUACUUAACUCGUCUAGGCUUUUUCCUUGACUGGAUUUACAUGGUUAUGUUUUAUUAAUCCUGUGCAAUGAACAGACGCUGUUUACUUUUCGAUUUGAGUGUUGUAUCAAAGCACACAGUGGGUCAGAAAAUUGGUAACACUGACUUUCCUUUCCUUACAGCGGAUCAAACAUCGCUUGAUUCUUAAAGUUUCAGUUUUAGUCUCACUAAUGUAAGAGCACUUAACCAGCUUUAGAAAUGACGUCGCAAAUUUACUGUAAAGCCCGAUAUACUCUAAAUAGAUGAUCUUUCCUUAGACACGUAAUUUGCCAAAAAAUGGAAAGAAAAUUUUUUGUGCUGUCCAAUCGUAUUCUAGCUUAAAAGUAAAAAACAUAGCGUAGCUUAAAACUGUGUACCAGUUAAUGUUCCUUUAAAAAAAAUUAAAGCUGUUAUGCUGUUACUUUUACAGUAUUAGCGUGGAAUUAAGAAAUUGAAUGAAUAAUUUAUUGAUCCUUGGUUGCAGAAAACUGAAAUUGUUAAAAUCUUUCACAUUCCUUUCUUGGGUGUCACGGUGUCUAGGAACUUAUAGAAAUGUCCUGUUAAGAAUUGCUCCAGUGUGCUACUCAUCUACUGCUGUUGCAUCAUUCAGCUACCAAAUGUUCACCUUCGAAAGUUAACUCAGCUGACAAUCUCCAUAUUUGCAACAUAGUUAUGUCAGUUUUUCAUGUCAAUUGUCCUAGUUCACAACAUCUGUUAGGAUGGCAUUACUUCAAUAUUUAAAUUAGGUAGCUAGAUAUGAUAUGGGGAACAAAUUGUUUUUUUUUUUAAAGUGAACUCUCUAUGAAAAGGAAAUUCACCAUUUUCCAAGAUUUAGCUGACUUUUGAAUUAAAAACUUAACAUCUUGAAUAUCUCUGAUCAUUUCAAAUGGCCAGUGAUUAAUUACAGAACUGUUGCUAGUGGCUUCUCUUUUUACACAACAUGUCACACAAUUCCUUGAUUUUGCCCAACCAUUCAAGACAUAGACAAACAAGAAUUUCUACUUGCAUUGAGUAUAAUUUCUUUUUGAUAUUCAAAAGACAUUUAGAAUACGGUAGGUAUUCUGUCAAAAGUUUUGCAGGAAUACUUAUUUGUGCUCUGUUUACAGUAGCUUAGAGAGAAAAUAGUUACAACACCCAAAUAUUAGAUGAAAUGUUUUCUAGACCCACAGCAUCAAGGUAACAUUUUCCUUUUAACUCUCAAAAGUGGUAAACAUGUAACUUUUCCCCACAAUAACCACCAGAAUUAACAAUCAGAUCUAGGUUUUUAAGGGUCAAGUGAGGCUUUACCUAGAAUAUUAAGUGGGAGAAAACACACUUGUCAUUUAUUUGAAUUUGAAAGUGGACCAAAAUAAUCAAGAUAUCAUGUGUUUGUUUGUUUAUUUUUUUCAUAGGAAUGUGCAGUAAAUGUGGGCAGAAAGUCUCAGGAGAGGGGACGGGUUGUACUGCCAUGGAAAAAUUAUUCCACAUCAAGUGUUUCCUCUGUGACAAAUGUGGUGAGCAGAUUUCAGUAUUUAUUGGUAUUCCUGUGGUUCAGUUGAUCUUGAUGUCCAUUGAGCUGUUCAGGUUAGGGUGUAUCUGGUAUGAGACACUUUGACUGGUUUCCAUAACCUAACCUUUCAGGAACAGAUAAAAUAAGAGCAACCUGGAGGUUCUGAAGAUAUUAACAAGAUAAUAUAAAGUGGUCCUGCAUGUGUGUCAACAGACAUACACACAGGUCUUGGGGACAUUUCCCGUCCAGACGACCAGUCUCAGCACUCUUCCCAAGCAGAGUACCAAAAUCUGUUAUGGGCUCAAAGGAGCUUGGGGGAGAGCAUGUUUUUCAGGCUCUGAUUUGUGUCCCCUUUGAGUAUGUUCAGUUGCUCAGUGGCUCCUGUCCUUAUCAGCCUUAAAAUUUCCAAUGUGGAAGAUCCUUGCAGGCACAGUUUUAGAAGGAUCUCAAGGUUCUCAAAGGUUUUUCUUUGGGAAACUGAGGAGCCCAGCUCUUUUAAGCCUUCAGAAGAGUAUCUGGUAAUUUUUGACUGGUUUCCAAUUUUCCAGAUAAAAUAAGUUCUGAAAUAUUAACAAGAUAAUAUAAAGUGGUCCUGCAUGCAGAAUCUCAUGCUGUGGUCCCAAAGUGAAAUGGCCCCCAGAAUCAUGUUGUUAUGGCCCUUGUGUUAGUAUUAAGUCUGGCUGGAAAUUCAUACUAUGGUCUAUACUAUUUUACCUUUGAUAGGUUUCUGGUCAAGCAGGAUUUUUCUUCAGAGUUUUAUUUCCUGUUAUUUUCUCAUCCACUUAGCUGACUAUAGUUCAUACCUGUUUUCAUAGGAUGUCAGCUGACUGGCAAGGUGUUCUACAAAGUGGAAGAGGAAGUGUUUUGUGAGGCAGACUAUCUAGUGAGUGUUACUUUGGGAAAUAUUUUCUAAUUAAAUAUAUUGCUCAAACAGAGACAGGUAAACAUAUCAAGAUGUACAGACAGAAUGUUUGAAAUUUUGGCUAUUUAUGGCUUAAAACCUGACUUUCACCAGCUUUGUCUUUGUAUUUGCUUAGCUAUCUAGCAAAACUCAACUUUUCCUCAAGCUUCCAAACUGAAAACAACAUGGAAGGUAAACCUUCUAGAGAGGAAUAACACCAAUUUUGUAGGAGUGAUUUGAGAGAUUAAUGGUGUACAAUAAUCUACCAUAUAUUUGCACAAUAAAUCAAAAUUUAAAUUUAAAAUUUACCUUAAGCUGUUUAUUUACAGGAUACACUGGAGACCUGUUGGGCUUGUAACAAACGUAUCACAGAAAGGGUAAGGAACUCAUAACAUUUAUUAUAAAAUUUCAAUUGAAUUGAACUAGCCUUGUUUGAGUGAUCAAAAGAACAGGUAAAAUGCCAUCUUAUGAAGUUUGAUGCUCCAGAAGGUGUUUCACACCUGCUAAAAAAGAGAGAGAGAGAUUGAUUCACUGCACAGCAUCAUGUACUUACAGGGGACUAAUGCAUUAGGGUGCUGAUAGAAGCAUUCUAGUCUGGGUAGCAUUCAGUAAUAGCGGAGCUCGCAGAGCGUAGCCCCAUAAUUGUACAAAAUGGUAGUAGCAACCCAUGAAGCUGAAAAAAUUUGGACUUAUGACCAUACGGGUGUCCGUACAAGAUGCUAUGCAUGGUCAACUGUACGGUGGGCAUGUCAAUACCAUGGCUUUGUCCAGUAGUCCAGUGGUCAGUGUACUGGGCUCCAAGUCGGAUGACCUGGGUUCUGGUCCUGGCCAGGGCAAGGCGUUGUGCCCUUGAGACGUGCGGGAAAAAAAAAAUGCAAGCUCUGCUUUUGGGUGUGGCUAAAUCUAUAUAUUAUGUACAUUCAAAUCUGAAGGUACUGGUACAUCUUGACUAAUUAAUCCCAUGGUUCCUAAAACUUAUUAACAUGUAAUUUCUCAUUAUCAGCAAACUUAUUAGCUGAAGGGUGCUCUCUUAAAAAAAGGGAGAAAUUUUUUCAACUAUGAGUGAAAUUAUUAGUUAAAUUUUGAAAACUGAAGGUUGAAUCCCAAAAAUUAAAAUUUAACUUUAAAAGGGAACUGAGGCCCAAAGAAUUGUAAUUUUUUCACAUUCAUUUUUAGUUAGCUUUGGAGGAGCAAGAUAAAGUAUACAGAGUUAUUUUCAUUCACUUCUUGUAUUGUAUGAAAAAGUGUGAUUUUCAGUCUCUUUUGCAGGGGUAUGGGGGCAGGGGAAGGUGGGCAGGAUGAGGUGUGAGAGGGGUGGGGUAAGGGGCAGGGUGUAAUACCCUCUAUUCCACUCUUGGGUCAUUUCCUACAGAUCUAUUCAGUUUUAAGAUGUUUACUUUAUUUAUGGAGUGAAGUGCUAAUGCCGUUUUAUUUACAGUACCAAAUUCUGUUAUCAGAUUCUACGGGCCACUGGGAAAUGUUUUCAUCCAGACUGUUUUGUGUGUGAAGUUUGUAGUAAAAAACUUGAUGGAAUACAGUUCACAGUGGACAACUUUAAUAUAAUCCAUUGCAUUGAGGACUACUAUAGGUAUUUAUGUUAUGACAAGUUUUUGAUUGUAAUAAUGAUUACUAUUAGAAUUCUAAUUGUAAUGACAGUACUGAUAAUCAUGAUCAUCAUUACAUUUAUUGUACUUAUUCAAUAAAAGUUGGAAAAGAAAAACACCAAUCUGAUUUCAGUUAAUUUGAUUUUUUGGCUGAAAACUGGAACAUGAUUUUUAGCUUAUAAAACAAAAAUAUAAAGUAUAGGUAAAUUUACCAAAAUCUGACUAAAGAUUUGAAGGAUAAAUUUCUUCUACAAAGUUCUACAAAUAGGCUAGCAGUAUGUUAAUCAGUAAGUGUUUUUACCUUCCCCAGUUGUAACAUACCUAAAUAAUAUAAUGCAAUAAAAUAGAGAAAAUCAAAGUUUCCACUGGAAAUUUGUUAUUUCUUGAUGUGUCAAUAUUUUGACCGCCAAUAUUUCAGAAACUAAGUGUUUCAUUCUUUCUUAUUACAGGAAAUACUCUCCAAGAUGUGCAGCUUGCAACCACCUUAUAGUCCCUGAAGAGGUAAAUAAUUUUCUAUUUAGUAGUGCAUUUUAGCCAGCUACAUAAAAACCCUUGGAUGUCAAGACUAAAUAAUAUUAUUUAAGGAUUGUUCUCACUUUUUCUAAUGCAUUACCUUAAAAAUCUGGUAGUUCCUUUUUGCAUGUCAAUAAUUAAUGUGUGUAAAACAAAUGAAAAUCUGAUUAUCACAUUUUACAUUUCCCCCUCCAAAAAAUUUUUCUAACGUAAAAUAUGUUUCUCACAUCUUUGGUCAAAAUGAUAUACCGUUAACCAUGGUCAUUAUUACAUGUCACUUGAAAAGUGUGUAAUUUUGUGACCUCACUGCAUGUUUGCUGUUUCAUACUGCAACAUAAUAUCCAAAUGCACUGAGUAAUGACAAGUACAAAUUACAUGCAAUAUGAAUACAAAUAUCAUGCAAUAUUAAGGCAGUUGGUUAUUUUUCUCUGAAAAAAGACUUGUUGGCUGUGCAUGCUCUGCUUCUGUAUCUUCUUUGCUUUCCCACCUUCUCAAAAAGUGCCUAAAGUUUUUGUUUGUAUUUUGACCCACCUUACAGGCCCAUCAAAAUACCACACAACUUGCAAAACUAGUCAUCAAUAUUACACACUAGAAUAUGUAAUAAAACAUAUAUUCACCUGUAUUCUAUUUUACACUCAAAUUAAUGUUGUUCAAUGUUCUUUCAGGGUCAAGAAGAAACUGUUCGUAUUGUCUCAAUGAAUAAGGAUUUUCAUGUCAAGUGCUAUGUUUGUGAGGUUAGAUAUACAAAACCUUUUUAAUUAUUGAAUUGGAGACCUUAAGUAAGUCUAUUUUUAAAGACUCACAAGAAUUUUGUGACUUUUAACUCUUCAAAUAUCACAAGUGAUACUUAAAAGUUCUUUCACAAAUUGAAUAGUUUACAUAAUCUUGCAAAGAGAAUAAUUUUUUGCAAAGUUGUCAGCUGGAGGUUCAUACCAAAUUAUCCUGACAAACUAGUAGGGAAAUGUUAAGCAGCCAGAAGGGGGAAUUACCAUAAAGAUUAUGGGAGUUAAAUGGUUCAAGAAGCCCCAUCACAGUAUCUUUAGUUCCUAUAAUUUAACCCUUUAACUCCCAUGAGUGACUAAGACAGAAUUUCUCCUUACAAUAUCAAUACAAUAUCAAUCAGAUAAGUGAUGAGAAUAAAAAAAUAUCAAUUUGGGGUUAAUAAGUUGAUCCGAUACUAAAUUCUCUGAACUAACAUUAUAAGAAUUGUAUGGUUAACAGUUAAAAGAAUUACAAAUUUGAUCAGGGAGUUAAAGGGUUAAGGUCAUCAAAAAUUGUUAUUAAUCAGAUGAAAACCUUUAACCCCUUGACCCCUGAGACUGAUUAGCCUCUAAUAUCUCCUUAGCAUAAAAAUGAAGGCUUUAUUCUUCAGAGUGCAGAAACUGUUUCACACUGUCUUAAAAAUUAUUGUGUAUUAUUAUACCUCACAGUUAGUAUACAUGUACGCUAUUAAGCUUGCUGUAUUUGACUGUACGGCCAACUGAAGUCAAAAGUUUGUGAAUUGAAAUCUUUUUCCUCUAUUUGAACCCAAAGAUAUAAUGAACAUCCUGCUAACCUCGUUUUCUCUGUUUGUACUGUAAGUUACAGAAACUCAUUUCUUUCUGCUCUGAUUUAAUAGCUUGCACACUUCAUGCAUAGGUCAUAAAUUUGACCAGAAAAUAUUUGGUCUAUAACUUAUAGUGUGGACCGCUAACUUGGCUAAUAAGAGGUAUUUAGACACCUGCCAUCAUAAACACAUUUAUAGAUACUUUCCCACAUUAGUUACCAUCUAGUUUUUGGUUGUUUUAGGACUGCAGUGCCCCUUUAUCAGCAGAGAAGGGUGGCUCUGGCUGUUAUCCUUUGGACAAUCACCUUCUAUGUCAAGACUGCAACGCAAUCCGUGUUCAGAAGAUGACAGCUGAACUAGAUUCUAGGCCAGCACGGCCUUUGACAACUGAACUAUGAGACCUGUGUGGUUACUAACAAGUAGAAGCUGACUUUGUGAAUGAGGACAAUGUAUUAUCAAUGGUUAUGCUAUUAUAAUUAACUACUUCAUUGUUAACUGGGAAUAGUUUUCAGAAAUUCAUUGUGUCUGCAGUGUCAAGGAACACAGUCUCUGACUUUGAAAUUCAGCACCAGCUUGAUUGUCAUGGAAGAAGUUUCCUUAACUUGUUUGGACUGUUUUUAGAAAUUAGUAUAAGUGAUUUGUUUUCUAAAAGGUUGUAUAGAAAAGUCUUGUCUCAGGGUAAGAAUAAAGCAUUAGUCAGUUGUAAAGGGACUGGACUUUCCUUCUUCUGAUGAAACUUCUUCACCAUGUGAGCUGAUAAAGUGAUUACCCGUCCCGCUGGUUGGGGCUGAACAUUGGUGCAAAUGUUUCUGAAGAAGAAAAAGAGCCUCCUGUUCCUUUACUAAAGCAAUAAAGCACUUGAGAUUUUCAUAGGUUUAUUAUGGUUAAAGCAAGUUUGCAGCAGUACACAAAAUUCCUGUUUGGUUGCUACCUGAACAGAAUAUCUGUUAGAUGCUUUCAAUUGUACAAUAAUUUUAAAGUUUUCACAGAUUAUAACUAUCACCAGCUGGGAGUUUAUGGCUUGACAUAGAAUGGCAGAGUAUAAAAAUAGCAAUGAAUAAAUCAAUCAUUGUUCAGAAAUUAUGGAAGUUUGUAAUGCCAUGGUUGACUGUUGUUCAGAGAAAAAGGUUUUGAUAGAAUAUGAAACAAUUUUUUUGGUGAUUUAGUUUGUUUGUUGGUUUUCUUUUUGUGGUAUAUUAUAACAAAGGGUGUAUUGAUUUAACCCUUUAACUCCCAUGUGUGACCAAGGCCAAGGCAGACCAUUGCAUAACAUUAUCACAAAAAUAUCAAGCUGACAAGAGAUGAGAAUAAAAGAAAGUAUCAAUUAGGGGAUAACUGGUUGAUCCAAUACAAAAUUCUCUGCUCUAACACCAUAAGAAUUGUAUGGCAGAUGGCAAGGAGAAUUACUUGAGAGAACUUGGGUGUGAGAGGGUU